UCGCUCACACGUUCAUGUCUGCAGGGAGUUGCAGUGUCUUCGUGUCUCCAUGUGAAGAUCCUGCAGGUUCACAUCGACUGAACCAGAACCAGAACCAGAACCAGAGCCAGAACCUUCCUGAGCUGCGGUUCUUCUGUUGCCGUUUGCUUCGGCACAAACAUCAAUAAAUGAUCAUAAAAAUGUUUCUCAGUUCAGGAAGUUCCUGGAAUCUGAAUCCUCUUCCUGCUGGCGCCUCCGUGUCGGCUCCUCCCUGCCUGACGCAGCUCCGCCUCCAGCAGGAGGAUUGCAGGCAGACGGAGACGGACGCAGCAGAGGACAGAUCAGAGGACAGAGGACAGGAUCUUCAUCUUCAUCAUCUUCAUCAUGGACGCUUUGAGGAAGGGAUUCUCCAUGGCCAAGGACGGCGUGGCCGCCGCCGCUGAGAAGACGAAGGCCGGCGUGGGCGAGGCCGCCACCAAGACCAAGGACGGGGUCAUGUAUGUGGGAAACAAGACGAUGGAGGGAGUGGUGACGAGCGUGAACACAGUUGCUCAGAAAUCCACCGAACAGGCCAACGUUGUUGCCGACACUGCGGUUACCGGGGCCAACGAGGUUGCCCAGGCGACUGUGGAGGGCGUGGAGAACGCGGCGCUGGCGAGCGGAUUGGUCAAAACGACUGGAGUCCCUAAAGCAGCAGAUCAGCCUGAACCUGCAGCUCAGUAGACUCAGCAUGCGGCCGUCUCAGAGGAGAGAAGAAGAAACUCAAAGCUAACCUGCUGCUCAGCCUCCUCUGGUCGUUAACCUCAUUAACCAAUCAGGAGCUCUGACUGCCUUGUUGCCAUGGUUACAUGGUUCCCCUCCUUGUUAUGCUGGAUGAUUUAACACUCAGGUCAUGUGCUUUCGUGCUUUCAGCUGAUUGGCUCAUUGGAGUAGAUGUGUUCAACUCCUGCUGCUCACCUGUACCGUUUACCUGUAAGCCCCGCCCCCUGAUCCAGCUCCACUAAUGCAUGAAGCUUCACCAAAACAGAAACAGAUGACUGAUGGAGUUUACUCUGAUUCAGGCUCCGCUGGUUGAGUCUUUUAUAAACUACAAGAAAUAAAGAGCUUAAAAUCCA